UGGCGGAUUUGGUUGCUCGUUAGCUGGAUGAGCAUUUUCAGUUUGAAGUUACAGAAAAAUGUCGCAUUACCUAGUUGAAGUACCGAAAGAACCUCCGUUAAAAGGAUGCUGGAUUUUAAUUGCUGCCAAGAACUGGAUAUAUGAAGAUGUUUUGUAUACACCAGACAAUUCUUAUACUCAUGCCUAUAAACUUAGCUUGCUCAAAGAUGGAAAGGACCCAGACAUUAUUACUUGGGAACGCAGUCAUUCUUUCAAAGUGAUCCACCAAUUUGACUCAUAUGAAGAGGCCAGAGAAAAUUUGCCACGAGCUGAGAAAGGCUUACCAAUUUUCACCAGGUCAUCUGAUAUUGGAAGAGGUCAUCGUCAAAGGAUAGAAAAAAGUUUGAAGCUGCCUGGGGAACUUUCUACAACUGAGCAAGAGAGUGAACAAGAAGAGGACAGUUUAACUCAAACCAAAAAGUCAACGGUGAAGAAGAAAAGUACACCUGUUAAAAGAAAAUCUUCAUCUGAAACUACCAAGCUUCCUCUGCCACCUCCUACGCUGAGAAGCAAAAGUAAGAAUGUCACGCCAAACAGCAGUAACAAAAUUGCAAAAUCCACUAUGAAAAUACCAUCAGUUGGAACUGCACUUGCCGGGCCAUCCGUACUAUCAGAUAAAAAAAAAAGAUAGGUGGAAUGCAGUCAACAAUGUUAGGAGCUGUUCAACCCAAGUGAUGUCUUUCCAGAAAAGUAAUGAGAUCCACGAAAAGCAGUAUGAUAAUGAUAUGCACAUUGACAGUGACAGUAGCGAAGAAGAUUUUCCAGGGAACACUCAUGGCGAUACAAACGAUAUGCAAAGUAUCCCACCUUACAGGAAUGAUUCGCAAAUGAUGACCAUUUACACUCCCCAGCCAACGCCAUCACCAAGUCCUUGUGAGCCGUCGGACAACAGUCAACAAUAUUCGGGAAAUUAUAAAAAGAAUGGAGGAAUAUCAAGCAAUAAAGACUUUCGGGAAAUGGAGAUAUCAGCAUUUGAAUGCGAAACCAAGACAUUUCUGAAGAAUUCGAAAGCAACUUAUGACCGAAAAGCAAAUGCUCCAGGAAAAGAUGGAGAAGACAGCGAAGACACAACUGAAAAUUACUGAUACCAGAAGGAUUGAAAAUUAUUACCAUAAAAAAAGCAGAAGUCAAAGUCAGCGAGUAGAACCUACCAACCUGGAUUUAAUAUCAAGAAAAUGUUAAUUUUAGUUACGUUUUUUAUGAAACAUAUGUACU